AUGCAAGUGUUGAGCAAGAUCCCAACCCUAUACCGCCUCCUCUUUCUGUACCUUGAACCUUUUCUCGCUAUCGGCGCCGCUAUACAGACGCACUUCGCUCCUAGAAUCUUCCUAAACACCAUGUCUCAGACAAGCCAGUACGCACCCGAUAACCAGGUUAUAUAUGACCAAGUUGCCGCCCUUUACACACUCUUUGCCUUCCACGAAGCUGUCCUCUUGAGAUUGACAAACGAUAUCCGUGUAUGGAAGGGUGUACUUGUUGGAAUCUUUAUCUGCGAUAUUCUCCACCUGUAUGCGAGUUGGGCCUCCCUCGGGAAUGACGUGUUCUGGAAUCCUCUUGCGUGGAGAGUUGAGGACUGGGCGAAUCUGGGGGCGCUUUGGGGACUGGGAGUCGUUCGCGUUGCUUUUCUGGCUGGAGUCGGGCUUCAGAAAGUCGGCGCCAUCAUCAAGAGAGAGUAG